AAAAUUAUUUAGUUUAUUGUGAAAUUCACUUGACCUCAAAUCAUUUGGUAUUCAAACAGUCUUUGAAUUGUGACAAUAAUGACCAGUGAAACGCAUGUUGAAACAGUUCACUUAUCGGAUUAUCUCAAAAAUCUUGAAAAUGCAUGUGAAACACCGAAUCUCGGUUAUACACAUCAAGGAUUGGAAGAUGAAAUGGUCAGACAGCAGACAAUUGAAGGAUCAGCUAAAUGGAUAAGAGAAAGUGUAACCAGUUCGAAUCAUGAUAUUUUGAAUCAAAUCAGUUAUAUAACAGAACGUGUUGAAACUAAUAAAGAUUGUUUGCAUUAUUUAGCUGGAAUCACCAGUAUGGAGGAUAUUUAUUCUGAUGUUGCCGCGUUCAACGCUAAACGGGCUUUAAGACUUAUCAUGGAGAAUUUCGAAAGUAAAUUUUGGCGAAAAAAAUUAUCUGGACCUAUCAAUCGAUGUUGGCAAAAUCUUGGUCGAUAUUCCGAAUUAGCAACUAUACAUCUUAAAAAUGCUGCCGAUUUUCAUCAGUUUUAUUAUGAUGCCAGACAUUUAGAAACUAAACUUUAUGACAGACAUAAGAAAUUUCUAUAUAAUCGUGGGCGCUUCGCUGAAAUGAAUCAUGAAUAUUAUACAAAUUCAUCAAAAGAAUUAAGAGAUUGGUUACGAAGUCAAUUCGAUCAUUUAAACUAUAUGGUCAACCGUUCCAAACAAUUAAUUGAACAAUCUAAAUCACUUGUCCCUAUUUAUCUACGAACAAAUCAUGUUAAGUCCCCUGUAAAUGGUGUGAUGUUAUGCGAUUAUGAAACACCGAAAUUUAAAUUAACCGCUGGUGAACGAAUUGUUAUAAUUGACAAUAUGGCUGGUGGUAUACAGAAUAAACAGAAAUUUCAACAAAGAACACAUGGUCAUCAUGACGACGAUGUAAUAUCGGAAGAAUCAAAUAAUAUCACAUCUGAUACAAUGGAUACAUGUGAAACAGAUAAUGAUAGUGGAUCAAGAACUGAAGAAAUAGACGAUCGUUCAACUGACAGUAACUCUUAUUUACGAUGUCCAAAACCUAGAAUUUCCACAUUGCCUAGCUGGAAUUUCGGCCGUGGCCAGACUAGUGAUACUGGUACCACAAGCACUGAGCAAACAACUAGUACUAUUACAGAAAAUGUCAGUCCACUAGGACAAUCAUCGUCAAAGCUUCAUUGGCAUGUUAGAAGUAUUGAGGGGAAAGUGGAAGGUUUAGUACCAUCUGUGUGUGUAUGGAUUCCGUCACCUGAUAUGGAAGCUCAAGAGAAAGCAAUAAAACUGUAUAAAGUGAUUUUGGACAGCUGGAAUUACAUAAUAGAUGAACAGCUUAAAAUAUGUCUUCAAUUUUUCACGAUCCUACUACAACGAUUUAUUGAAUGUGAUGGUUUAACAACAGAUGAUGAUGAAGCAUUUAAACGAUUUCUCAAUAAUUUAGUAUUCUCUUUAACUGAACCGCCAACAGCUGAAGCGGAAAAUUUUAACAAAGAAUUUUUACGACUUAUUGAUGCUACACGUGAACACUGGAACAAAACAAAAACAUUUGGGACUCGUAUGUCAGGUGGCAUUCAUCUACGUCGAACAGAAAUCGCAAUAUUUCAAAGUCUGCUUGAUUGGAAUAAAGCUCAUAUGAGAACUAUCAAACAAUAUGAACAAGAAAACAUUAUACCAUUGGACUUAUCACAAAAACUAAAUGAACUACAAGAACAAAGUUUUCAUAUGAUGGAAACAGUGACACUUGUAAAUGAUUUAGCCCAGAAAGACAAGAAAAAAUUGGAUACUUUACUUAAUCAAUUAAGAAUAUGGAAUAAACAAACAAAAGACAAAAAUCAAUAUAAUAUUUAUUCAUUAUCAUCAAGUUCUGAUGAUGAAUGGUUAUCUAGUUCAGGCUCAGAGUAUAUAAAUUCAGAAAGUACUAAUGAAUCGGUUGAUGAAACGGAAACAUCAUAUAUUGUUCAUUCGAAACAAAUUAAACAACCACAUUUUACAAGUAGUUUACAAUUUCCACAGAAAACUUUUAUACUGCCAGCAAUAUUCACUUAUGAUGAAGAAAUGGUGUGUAGUUGUACUACAAGUGAAGAAAUUCAAAGUAUUGGUACCGGUAGUUCUUGUACUACCGAUGAUGAAAUUGACGACUAUCAUAGAUAUCAGUCAAAACAAGAUUUUUAUACAAGAUCUGAUGAUGAUGAGUUACUGAGUGAAAAUAAAAAUUUUGUAACUACAUUUAAUAAACAAAUGUUGUUAACACUUGAACGGCCAAUCGAUACAACAGAUAAACCAACCACAUAUAAGAGCAGAAAGUAUAUAGAUACUAAAGACGGUGGACGCUAUUCUGUUGUCUAUAUUGAAGUAGCACCAACUGAAGAGACUAAUUUACUUGAUACUACUGACCACGAAAAUUUGAAACCAUCAACAGUUUCUAAAUCUACACAAUCAGAAGAUCCUUUGAAAAGAACAAGAUUUACACGAAGAACAUGGAUAGAAAAACAACAUGUUGAGGAAGCAAAGAGUUUAACUAAAAUUGAAGAAUCAGCUCGAAUAAUUCAUUCAAAGGCAGGAAAAGUUCAAGUUACAGAUAUCGCUGUAGAGGCACGUCCAAGCUUCAAAAACAUUGAAUGCAGUACUAGAGAUCUUAUCACCAUAGAUAUCCAACCAACAACAGAAAUACAACAACAGCAAAUCACUAAACUAAAGGAAAAUAUACAAACGCAAACAGAAGAGUACUCUACGGAUUUCAUGUACGCAGUUAGGCAGUACGCACAUGUAAAAGAGAUAACAGAGGUUGAAUUCAACCGGCUUAUUCAACAAGAAGCAGAAAAGUUGAAAUCUAAAGAUAAAAGCAAUAAAUACUGUCAAACUUACGAAAUGAUAAAAAGCACUGAAGCGAUAUACAAAAGAAAAUCUGAUGAUCAAGAAAAGAUUGAAGUAGGUACAAAAGUGAGUAGUGACUUUGGUUGUCAGUAUCAACAACAUACACAACUGAUUGAUAAGCAGGCAUAUUUCCUCAUUGAAGCUGCACCUGAAACAAUUUUGUCAGAAUAUUACAAAAUCCAAACAAGCGAUAAAGGAAAUCAAACAAUGUAUAAAAAGACAACACAAUCCAAAUUAAUCAAUCAGAACAUUUCCUACUCCGAUCGAGAUGGAAGAGACACAACAGAUAAAACAAUUUUAGAGAAAGAAAAGUACGAAAUAACACGCUUGAGAGAAACAAAGAAAGCAGGGGAAGAAGUAAUUAAAAUUACCGGCGAAAAACAGAAAAGCAAGCUAAAUGCUGGAAUACAAAGUUCACGUCAAAGCCCCUCUCGUCACCGAGACCGUCUCAUUGGAGUUACCCACACCUGA